CCAAAAUGGUGGUGGACGAGUUCAGACCAGAUGAGAGGCCGAAAUUUUUGUUAACUUGAACAGCAUUUUAUACGUACUUUAAUGUCAAUUAAUUCUCCCAGAACAAUUUAAAGGAAAAAUGUGAGUGUGAUAAAUUCAAAGUUUAUAUUCAUUAUUAUCGGGGAAAAGUCAUAUAAGUAAGUACCGGGUAGCCACUGAUGACAAUGAUGGUAAAAUUGGUAUUGUUACUUGUAAAUUUUAAGUCAGACAGUAUGUAUGAAUAACGAUAACGGGUAGAUGUUCAAAGACAAAAUUUAAAUUUUUUAAUUUAUGUAAUGUAAUAUUGUUCUCCUGAUUCAUUAAUCACUUGCGUCAACUUGCAACUUGACUGGUCCAGUGAGUCUUGAUCUGCUACACAUACAGACACAAAUGUGCCUAAGCCUAAACAUGAAAAAUAUGGUUGACCUAUUUUUUUUUUUUAAGUUUACAAAGAUUAUGAUUAGGUCCUAUUAUUAUUAUAUUAUAUCCAUUUAGGUCCUAUUAUUAUUACAUCCAUGCCAUUGAGUUUGAAACCAUUGUCAUUAAUAGUUAAUAUUAAUAAUUGAUAUAAUAAAAACCAGUGCCUUCUUCUUCUUCUAUAUUAUUAUCUUAAGGGCCCACGAUCAAUUUAUUGAUCAUUUUGGCUCCUAUGCAUGUAGAUGGGAUUUGCAAUGUUUCUGUUACUGGUGUUGAUGAGGAAAUCAUGCACAAGGGGUUUGAAGGCUGGAGGCAAUAGACACAAAUGUGUCUAGUGUUGUCGCCUCAACCGUUCCUUUUGAAAGAUUGUUCCAGUCCCUGAUUGUCUUGGGCAUCCCAUUAUUUAUCUUGUACAUCAUGGAGAGCCUGGAUUGUCGUCGUCGUUUCUCCAAUGGUGACCAGCCUAGUGUUUCUAGCAUGCUGCCAACACUAGAGGUAUUCCUGUAGCGGUUUAGGACAAAGAGUGCUGCUCGUCGCUGGACAGCCUCCAACCUGUCAAUGCUCUUCUGGGUAAAUGGGUCCCAGACUGAAGAUGAAUAAUCUAAAAUCUUUAGAUAAAGGCUUUAUAUGCUCUUUCUUUCACACAGGAGUUGCCAAUCUUUAGAUUUCGCCUUAAGAACCCUAGGGUCUUGUUUGCUUGGUUACAUACAUUGUUAAUAUGCUCGUCCCAGCGGACCUCUCUUUGAAUGGUAACACCCAGGAACUUUACGGAGGAAACUGGCUCAAGUAUAUGGCCGUGCAGUUCGUAUUGGUAGUGUAGAGGAGUACAACUUCUAGAGACUGAUAGUGUCUGGCACUUAGCAGGAUGAAAUUCCAUGUCCCAGUUUAUCUCCCACUCAGCUAACAGAUUGAGAUCCUGUUGUAGCUGGUCCUGGUCCGAUCUGUUGGCGAUCGUCCUAUACACUGCAGUGUCAUCUGCGAACUGUACUGUACUAUGAGUAGUGUUACUGAUAAGUGAUGUAGCCUCCUCCAGUGUAGGCGUAGGCAAAGUAGUAAAAUUAAAAUAUUAAGGUGCAAUCCAUAAAAAAUGACAUCAAGACCCAAUUGCAAUUAUAAAUUAUAAUGAAAAUUAUUUUAAUUUAUGAACAAGUCCAUCAACGCCAAAUCAAGUAUACAGUAGGCCUGUAUCAAUUAAAUUUCAGAUGGCAGAAAGUUUGAAAGGGAAUCUUGGCUUGAAGAGCAGUCGUGAGUAUACCUAUAAAAUAUAAAUAUUUCAAAAUUUAUUUAAUAUAUUAUAAUAUAAUAUAAAAACAUUGAAAAUUUUAAGGCUAUAUAUCUGUCAUUCAUAUAAUGUAUAUAGUUUUGGUGCAGAUAAAAUUGAUUGACAGUCACAGAUUAUGGCAAUUAAUUAGGACUGCUAAGGAUUGAUAUUUCAUCUUUAAAAAAGAAAGGAAAAAAAAUGUCUUUAACCAAUUCAUUACCGCUGAAAUUGCAUUGACGUCACGAUCACCCACUUUCAUUUACAAAGGAUUUCACAUUGUCGUCAUAACAAAGAGGCAAAGCACUUUUCUUAAUUACCCAAGACGUCACGUCGACGUCAUGAUUUCAAUGCUACAGAUCUGUUUACUCUUAAAUUUGUACAAUAUCAUUACAAAAUCCUGAAAUACAUUAUCUUAAUAGUAAAAACAUAAAUAUACAGUAUAUAUAACGUAUACACCUCAAAAUCGUACAUUGUAUGCCAAAAUCGUAAGAGAAAACAGGUCUGAUGCUAUAAAUUUCUUGUAUUCUUUAAUUUAUAGAGAAGUUAAUUAGUGAAUCGGAUAGAGAAUGAAAAGUACCGAAAGUUUCUUCUUUGAGUUUUUAACUGCGCACAUUACAUAAACAUUAAAUACUGUGAUUUCUUGCAUAUUCACAUCGAAUGCUAUCCAUUGCUUGGUAUUUCAAAGUUGGUGACUUGCAAAAAUUUGCAGAUUCAGCAAAAAUCAGUGCCAAAACCAGCAGUAAUGAAAGGGUUAACGAAAAGUAAUCACUCCAUUGAUCUAUCUUGUGUGUCUAUGCACGGGUAACAGAUUUGUCACUCAAAGGCCCAAUUAUCUUACCCCUAAAUGUACUUUAUUUACUAUUUAAUCAGCCCUGGCACCCACUGCUUGCAAGUUGUCGACCCAAUACUUGGUUUUGGAUCAUAUGACCAAUCACUAUAACAAGAUUGCUAAGGCAAAAUGUAGGUAAACAUUUAAGCCAGGUUUUUGUGUUAAGCGCUGUUGCAAAAGAUUUUUUUAAUGCUCCCAUGCAGACUUUUUGAGCAUGUAAAACCAAUGAGUUCUCAUUUGAACUUUUCAAGUUAAAAUUUUUCAAAACUAUAGUUAAUAUAUAGUCACUUCCAUCAUUCUUUCAUGUGGGUUAUAAUUAUUUAUGGGAGAUGGACAUUUUUAACAAUUUUUAGUAAAAAAAAAAUUACAGUGCAAAAUAUUAUGUGUCAUGGUUUCUUUGAAGUAACUAAAACCAAGUUAACAAAUCUCAGUAAGAUUUUUUAAAGGCUCAGUGCUUAGUAGUAUGGAGCAACCAACAUUCUAAUUGAAUUAGACAUUUUUCUUUAAUUUAAAAAAAAAAAAAAAAAAAUUUUUCAGCUGCCAUUGAUUCAAAACCACCAAGGAGCCUGACAACAAGUCAAAAAAGUGAGUAGACUGGCAAGGGCAUGUAACACCGUAAUGUCAAAAACAAUUUCUAGCAUUAUGUUUAGCUUUUAAUGUUUAACUGGCAUAAGUGCACAUGGUUUUCCUUACUCUCCCUUAUAGAGGCAAUUGUAUCUCUGAAACUGAAUCCUUGAUAUUAUAGUUUAUGUCACUAUAAAAUAUCAAUUCAUUCACUUAAAGAUAAAUGUUCGUAUUCCAUCAGUGCGUGACAGAAGGAACAGGGAACUGCUCAUCAGCAGUCCCCGGCCCCGACAAGCGUUAUCAAGGUCGUACAGUGACUUGCAACGAUACCAGGACAUUUUUAAUGUAAAUUUAUUUGCUUAUUUUAUUUAUUAAAUCGAUAGGUUGAAGUGUUUUCUUCUUGAUAUUUCUAUAACACUUUUAUGCAAAGCCUUACAUGUUAGGAGUAGGGUUUUCCUAGUCCUAUUGCUAUACUUGGUACCCGCUGUUAAUAAGUUUUACUUAGUUGGAAUUUAUGCUUAUUUCACGCAUGUCAAGUUUCCAAUUUAAUGUAAGAUUUUACUUACAGGAUGAGCCUGAGGAUGAGGAAGAAAGACUUGUCCAAUCCAUCAUGAAGACCACUCUCUUGGACAAGCCACAGGGAAGCAACAGGGCCACGCAUGGAUCGGCAUCACAACAAGAAUCACAUUUCAACAACAGCAUUAUGUACAAACAGGCAGGCGACGCUCAUCAAGGGACAAGACACUCACGUCCAACAUCUGCCCGGUCAAUUCAUUCUGCACGGUCCAUUCGUUCUGCUCGUUCAGUACAGUCUGGUCACUCUUUGACCAGCAUGACAUCCAGAGUGCCUAUAUCAUCUCAUGACCCUGCAAAAGUUACCUACCAAGGCGACUUGCUGGAUAAAAGGCCUCAUCUUUUCACAGAGCCUGACAAAGCAUUCACCCCUAGAACUCUCAAAGCCAACCAUGAAUCAAAGCUAAAAAACUCUAAGUGGUACAACCCGCCCAGGGUCAGCCGUAGUGCAUCCAGCAAUGCAGAUGAUACAAAAGAAAAUGCAGGUCGUAAGCCCCAACCAAGAACAAGAAAAGACAAAUCUGAUGUAUCCCCAGACCAAGACCAUCAAGAUGAUCCACAGGCGACGGCUCCGCUCUCAGAGUCAAUGCUGUUAGACAUGACAGUGCGCAGCAGAGAUGGAAGGCACGCACAGGAUGGAGACCAUGACGUACCCCGUCUGGCCAUCACCAUGGACCAGGACCACAUGAACUGGCUGCAGGACCAGGCAUCCAAGGCUGAAGUGAGGCAACGCAGCGCGGGGAAGCUUAGGUCGUCGCUCCACUCUGAUGAUGAGCUUCAUGGGAGGUCAUCAGAGCGGCGUCACUCCGGUCUUGGUGACUCAGUCAGACUCGAAACAGCAAAAAAGUAAGGGUUUUUGUUUGAUUGUUUAGAAAUUAGAUAAGUGACUUGUUACUUAGAAUACGUAGGCCUGGGUUGUUUCCUCUAGUCAUUCCCUUCACACAGCAUGAAAAGUCUCCACAAUGUUAUCCUCAUUUUACGCAUAGACAACAUGUCAUGACAAUUAGAUAAUAUAAUAAUAUAAGCCAAUAAGCUAUUAUCAGGUGUUUGCUUCAUUACAUCCAUUUAGGACAGUGCUUCUCAACCUUCCCUAUACCGCGACCCUUUAAUACAAUUCCUCAUGUUGUGGUGACCCCCAAACAUAAAAUUAUUUUCGUUGCUACUUCAUAAAUAUGUGUUUUCCGAUGAUCUUAGGCAACCCUUGUGUAAGGAUCGUUUGAACGCCAAUGGGGUCGUACCCACAGGUUGAGAACCACUGGUUUAAGAUAAUGAUAGCUCCUCUACACAGAAUUAUGUAAAAGGGAAUUUUGUGUUGCUUUUCUGACUGAUAGCUUAAUUUCCGUGCCUGAAUCCAGUUUUUCAAAUAAUAAAAUCAUCCAUCUUAUGUAGUCUUUCUUUUUAUUCUUCUUUUAUUAAUGUUAUGUUUCUUGUGUGUUUCAUAAAUAAUAUAAUUACUAGAUUAUUCCUCCCAAAAAUAAAUUAUUGCACUGUAAAGACAAGUGUGGGAAAGAGGGAUUCAAAGUGAAAGAAUUUUGACACAAUUUUACAAGCCUAUUUAACACACCAUUACAGUUUACAGCCAUACUUACCCAAAAAUUACUAUUUUUUAUAUUUUGUCUGUCACUUGACAAAUAUUUUUUUUUCUCCUCUCUUAGUGAUAACUAAAAUUUAACUGACACCAUUUCUAGUCCUAAUUCGUUACAUUAACUGUUUUGCUCCCAGGUUUGUAGACCUCCCUCUGAACAACACUCACACACCCCCUCUACGGCCAAAUAGUUCAUUCACUAAACUUUCCCAGGCCUGGCCGUUCCAUUUGUGUUAAUCUUCAGAAUCACACUUUCUUUUGUGAAUAUGAAAAUCGGCCCAACUAAUACAGUUGCUCUUUUUAUGCAUCACUGCUUAUUUUUAGUUCUAUUUUAUAUUAAACCCUCCAUCUUUUCCAUUUUGUUUCGUAAUCCCCCGACAUCGUACGAAGCUGGUUCGCAGUAGGUUCUGUGACAUCACAGUCAUCUAUGGCUACAUGGAUCAGCCAACGCAUACUGGAGGAGUGAGUAGCAGAGCAAGGUGUUGAGAUUGGAACUCAUCUCUCUAAGUCUUGGUGUUGUCUCUGUUCAGUUUGGUUCAUUUUUCUCAUGGAAAUUUGCGCUUCAUUUUUUUGUUGAUCACAUUCAGGCAGAAUUUCUCUUGAAUUAUCACAGCUACUUAUCUGGUGAUAAUCAAGGUUUUUGUUACAAUUUUGUUUCACGUACCUUCGAUGUACAGAGCUGUAUUUAUAAUUUAUAUAUAGCAUAAAAAAAGUCAAGUGUUUUUUCUAAACUUGAACUCAGGUGUGAUAACCAAACAAAUGAACCGGACACUUUAAGCUUGUUCCUUAUUAUUGGAUGGUUCUCAUUUCUACACACUGUGUUUCUUUUUGAGCAAUAACUUAUCAACUAACGUAUCCAGUAGCGUUAUCAUCAGAUUUGGUUUUUUUAAGAAUGCAUCUCUAUUUCUUUGAUACAAAACCACAACCAAACGAGCCUUGAAGAAAUUUUUAAAAGCUGAAAUUGAAAUAGUUUCUAGUUAUAAAAUUAUGCUGUAUUGAUGUAUAUAAUAAUUUUUUUUAAAUUUUUAUUUUAUUUAUAGAGUUGCGUUUUCCUCAAUGUUUUUAAAGUUUCACAUUUCACCCUCUCGGUAGGCUUUGAACUUUAGGACAUAUUUGCACUUGAAACUGAUAAAGGCCUAGGACUUUAGGACAUAUUUGUACUAGAAACUGAUAAAUACAAUCAUCAAAACCUUUUUUUUUUUUAAUUUUCUAAUAGAAUUGUCACCAUUAAAUUUUAAAAUGGCACCUAACAGUUGACAUGAAUCUCUCUAAAAGAUUAAUUAACCAACUUUACUGUUUAAUUUCCAGAGAGACAUUAAAUCAUUGCUCUCUGAGUACAGGCUGUGAUUUGAAUUUAAAUCAGAGAAUUGUUGAAAACUGUAUUGUUUGAUUCUAUGCAUGCUGUCUGCAGUCUCUAGUCACUGGCUUCAAUUAAAACCUUCUCUACUACCUAGCAUGAUGCUAACAUUAAUCUUUCAAUGUUUGGACUUCAUGUAUAGUUUAUUAACAACCUUGAGUAGCUUAAAUAUUUCUUGUCUUGUAUUUUUUAAAAACAUAAAAUGUUUUCCAAACAAGUUGAGUCACAUUUUGAUACAUUUUAAAUUUUUAAAAAUACAAAAUUGAUCUUUUCUGUUUCACAGAGAUGAAGAGCAGAAGUACUUGGCUUUCGCUAGGGAGGUCACAGAUGAUGUCAGGUCUCGAGGGAUCUGUGCUGACAGGUACAUGUCUGCCUGAAUCUGUGUUCAACUGAAGUCUGUUAAUAUUUCCCAUUUCUAUGUCAAAGUUCAAUAGUGCAAUAGUUCAACAGUUUAAUAGUUUAAUGAUUUGAGUUAUUAGAAUGACCCCCAGCAUGAGCAUUGAUUAUAAUACUAAGGUUGCUUUCAACUCCUCAUUUUUGAAAAAUGUUCAUUCAUUUUAAGACACUAUUUUGAUUUUCCUUUGUAAAAGCUGAUUAAAGAAUUGCAUCGUGGUAACAAUGAAAGCUGUUACCCAACAAAUUUUAUGGUUAAAAAAAAAAACUUAUCCCACCUGUUACUGUUAGAAUAGUUAAAUUGUAAAUAUACUACCUAGGCCUAAAGCAGUGCCCUUUUAAAAGUUAUUUUUUUAGAUUACUUUUGUGUAUGUUUUGGUGUAAUGAACAAUCAGAUGGCAUUCAUUGUGAUAAGUUUUAGAGUUGAAGAAGGUGUAAAUUAUCAGCCAUUCAUUAAAUCAAACAGAGUUUGUACAUUGUUUCAUUUUUGCCUGUCUUCCUUCAGUGUACUGCACAGAGUAUUUGACAAUCAUAUAGAGCGGAAGAAACAUGAGUUAGAUGAGGUAAAGAUGAGGAAAAUAAAAGAUAAAAUAUUAAAGUCAUGAGAGUGGAUAAAUCUGAUGACAUGGGAUAGAAAUAUUUAUAAAGUUUAUUGAGGAGGGUUUGAAUAUUUUUAAAUAAAUUCAUUUUUCUCCACAAGUGCGCUGUCACAUUAUGUCAUCUACAUUCAUAAAUGCCUCAUUGUCAGGUCUUUUUUAUUAGAACAUUUAAAUGAAAAAGGGAAUUAAAGCAUGGAAGAUUGAUGUCUUUAUUGAUGUCUUCAUUGAUCACGAACUAAUGUUUAAUUAAUGAAUAAAUACUUUUUUUUUUUUAUAUCCUUUCCCAAACCACAGACACGCAUGAGAAAAGUAAUAAGUGACUUGAAAAAAGAUUUGGGCUUAUCUGACUUGGCCUACACCCCAACCACCCCCAGUAGAAAGUCCAGCGGUAGAGUGAACGGCAGCCCAGCCCCGAGCAAGGUCAAUGGCAGUGUGGAAUCUAGCAGCACCAAAGAUGGCAGCUUGUCGUUCCCCAUCAUCAAGGAUGACAUGUCAACCCUAGAACCUCUGAAUGUCAUGUCAGACAUGGGCACAACUCUGGACUCGACAUCCACCAUCAAGUUCGGCCAAACUGGAGACAUGUUCAGCACUAUCAAUUCACUAGGGGAGCAAGAAGCUCUCGAGGAGAGCAAUCAACAAACUGAUGACAGCCCUUUGACCGCCACACAAGCUCUGAUGCAGUACCAACUCAGUCUCACAGCUGAAGAAGCCAAUGGUGAUAGGAGCACAAGUGACGCAACUAAUUCUCACACUGAGCCAAGCCACUCAAGCAAUGGGAAACAAAAUCACAUGGGUCAUCCUGCCAAGCUUGCACGUCCAGCAACUGGAGAAAGGAGAACCACUGCCGAUGAGGAUUCUGCAUCUGACGCGUCUGGCGUGCAGAGAUCGGGUUCAAGCACUGUUGAAAAUUUGAGCCGCGUGAAACGGAGACAACGCAUGCAGAGGACACAGGAUCUAGACCUGUCAUCGAGUGCCACAUCUGACCAGAUCAACAGCCAUUCACUUUCCAGACAUGACACAAACAACAGUGACGACACGAUUAUAGGUCACAACGGCAGUCUUGUCAACAAGAGUUUGAAGUCCAGCAGUCAUCUGGAGGGUUCUCAGGAUGUAAAUGAUGACACGGACUCAGUGAUAAGUUCUGUAUCAUCUCAGAGGCCUAAAGCCAAACCGAGACUUGGUCGCAGUCAACAGCCAGCAAUUGUAGAGUCACAUCAGGAUGUCAAAGUGGAGUCACAUCAGGAUGUCAAAGUGGACUCACAUCCGGGUGUCAAAGUGGACUCACAUCAUGGUGUAACAAGUGAUAGCUCUGAGACUGACCAGGUCAAGCAGCCAGAUGAGGAUGAUGGUGAAAUAAAAGAGGAGUAUGAGGAUGAUUAUGACGAUGACUAUGAUGCUGAUGGAGAUGAAGGUCAGGGUGGUUCUACUCAUCGUACAUCAGAUGAUGAUUUUUGAAAUGUCUAUGACCUUGACCAUUUGUUACUCAGAAAAUAUGAUGCUCACGUGCAGUUGGGCUGGUAUUUCUGAGAAAAUUUUCCAAAAAGGAAUACAGGGUAUUUCCAGUUGGCCUGCCAUUCUGGAAGCCUAUAUUUCUCAAUAUUUUAUGUCUCAAUUAAAAAAAUUAGUUCCUUAUGUAGUGCUAAAAUAAUCAUCCAAAAAAUGUAAGGAAAUGGCCUCAUUAAAACAAAUUAAUUGAAAGAAAUAAUAAAAGAUGCAGAUUAGAGAUUGUGGAGUUAUCAAAAGUGGGCCUUGCACUGUUCAUUUAGACGCCACUUUGACAGUGGGUCUUAAAAUGUUCAUUAGGGCACCAAUUCAUGAGUACCCUGGGGCUUCACUUGUUUACCAUCAGAUUUUCAGCUGAAUCCUACAUUGACUUUUGGUGUGGAGUUCUUACAAUUUUUCAAUAGUAGCAGGAAAUAAGUUUAAAACAUUUCACUGCUGCAGAUUCUGGGUAGCACAUCAGCAUCCAAUGGCGACAGAUGACCAAUUUUAUUUCACAAUCAUGUGGGAUUUUUUAAUUUUCUUAACAUCUGUAGCUAGCUAGUGGUGCAGGGAGGAUGGAGGCCACUGGUUAGGUAGUGAUAUGAAGAGGCUGUUGCCAACUUCAUGUAGUUAGGUGGAGUCUGAGGAGUGAAAUUAAAGUGUCUCUGAUUCUAAAUGAAAUAUAGAAAAUUAGAAUUGUUUAACCUCAUAUACUGGACUUAGUGUUGUACAACAAGAUUAGGGCAGUGAAUAUUUGUUACAAGUGAGCAUUUCUAGAAUAGUACUAUCUGCUGGGCUGGUAUAGUACUAUCUGCUUGGCAGGUAUAGUACCAUCUGCUUGGCUGGUAUAGUACUAUCUGCUGGGCUGGUAUACUACUAUCUGCUGGGCAGGUAUAGUACUAUCUGCUGGGCUGGUAUAGUACUAUCUGCUGGGCGGGUAUAGUGCUACCUGCUGGGCGGGUAUAGUACUGUUUCCUGGGCUGGUUAAGUCCUAUGUAAUCUUAGAAAUGUGGAACCAGCCUCAGCAAUAGGUUUUUCAAAUGAGACUUGAAACUUGUUUGCUUUGUCAUUAUCAUGCAUGCACCAUUAACUGAUGAUGUCAUCUGUGCCAAAACUUAACCCCACCCUCAAACCCACCCAGCAAGUUGAUUCUGUGGUGUACAAAUAUUUUGUGAACACUUUCAUAUUUAUAUCUGUGCCAAAACUCCCACUCCACCUCUUGGGUUACUUUUCCCUCCCUACAACUAAAGGUCAACUAAAAACAUUUGCAUAUCUUUACUAUGGCAGAAGUGGUGCGAUCAGACACUGGAUUCUUGUUAUAUUUAUACCUACUAGCUCACCCCCACCCCUUUUUUAUUUACAACAAAAAAAAAUGGACAUUUUCAACUUAAAUUGUGUUUGACUACAAGAAAAUUAUCUUCCCUGCCAACAUAACCACAUGAAGCCAUACUGUGCUGAGUGACUCCCCCCCCCCCCAAAUCACCUUUUUUUACUUCUAGUAUCUGGCUUUCACAUCUAAGACACAACUUUCUCAGCACAAUUUUGGACCCAGGUCUAGGAUGUAAAUGUAUUUUUUUUUAUUCUAUUUAAAAAUAAUGUAAUUGCUUCAUUCCUUUUCUUAUGUGUAAUGAAAUAAGCUGAGAGUAUUGAAUAUAAACAUGGCAAGUAUUUAUUUCAUUCUGUUUUAAUGCACCCACCAGAAUGAAAAUGUCCCGUCUGUACAAAUAAAUAACAUUCUAUUUCCAUAUCUGUGAAUGGUGUUUGAAAUGAAUGUACACAGGCCUGGUUCUGGCCAAUCAACAUCUCAAUAUUUGACAUGUCUCAAUUUUCAGUGCAUAUAAAAGGGAAGUCCAUGUGCGCUGAUCAGCACCCCGCCAAAUUUUAAUUUUAAUACCAUCCAGUCUCAGCACCCUGCCAAAUUUUAUAAGUUGUUCAUGUUUACUACCCUCAAGUCUGGUGAUCACCUUAUAUCCAUGUGCCAAGAUUGUCUGUGAUAUUCUUACAAAAAAUAAACUUGAAUAUAUUCCUCAAAUUGAAAUGUUCUGUUAUGAUGAUUGAUUAUAGCAGACUAGACCAGUAUCUCUAACUAAACCAGUAUCUCUAACUAGAUCAGUAUCUCUAACUAGACCAGUAUCUCUAACUAGACCAGUAUCUCUAACUAGACCAGUACCUCUAACUAGACCAGUAUAUCUAAGAAUAUGUGUGGUUGUCAGUGACUUCAUCAGUAUUUUUCAGAAACCUUUUUAAAAAAGCAAAAUUUAAAAUUAAAUAACUAAGAGAAAUUAAUUUUAGAACAUACAUUUAUUGCUGACCCAAUGCAGGUACCAGUACAAAAAUUAUAUUUGUAGAGCACAGGUGAAUUUUGAGACAUCAACUAUUAAAAAUUUAAAGUGAAUAAAUUCAAUGAACCAUUUUCCUUAUAUAAUUUCAUGCUUAAUAUUUAGAGCAACGUCUAGGGGAUGAGUAGGACAUGUGGAUUAUUAUUACAAGAUUUAGAUUAUAUAUUUUGUUUUGCUUCUUGUGAAGAUUAUCUAUAUUUUUCAUUUUAAUGUACCACCUAAACAUUAAAGAUCAUCUUUUUUUUUUAAUAAUAAAAAUAAAAACCUGAGUAACAUGGAACAUUUUCAUAAAUGUCUUUGAUUUAUUUUUUUUAUAUUUUUUUAAAGUAAAAUUUAGGUACAAGUACUAUGGUGAAUCGUUAUAAAAGGGAAUGGAUAUUUUAGUUCACAUCAAACUCAGACGUAGUGAUAUCUUGGAACAGAUUACUUGCUAAAUAAUGUAUGCAAGAUAUUAACAUUAUAUUUCUGGCCAUACAAAUUUGUUUUUUUUAUCCAAUAUAAAUUUAUUUUUUUUUAAACUGCUUAUUUUAAAUAAUA